AUGUCUCCAAUUCAUGUGAUUAUAUCAGGGGCAUCAUCGGUUGGUAAAUCUACAUUAGUCGACGAAUGUAUACAACGUUUCAGUCAAGAUAAAAAGUUGAAAUACAAGAAAUUUCAGCGUAUUCAAGAAGUGGCACGUACUGUUCUUAAUCGAUUGAAACUGACUGGGAAAGAUUUGCAACACUAUAUCCAAACAAAGAAUUCGAAUGCAUUUUGCAGAACGCAGGAACAGAUUAUUAAGGAACAAGUAUCUUACUUUGAUAAACACAAAGAAUCUAAUUACUUAUCGGAUCGAUCUGGUUUCGAUGCCUUAGCAUAUGUUCAUCUUUAUUUUAACGAUGAGCAAAGUGUACAAAGAAUUUUCGACGCCCCAACGUUUCAACACUUGAUUGAUCAGUGUCGACUUGGUUUGAUAUUUAUCGUACAACCACAAGAAGAACUACAAGCACAAAAUGAUGGAAUGAGAAUCGUACCGAGCUAUCGAGAACAAGUUGAGUAUACUCAAUUUUUGCAAGAUUGGUACCAGAAAGCGCAGUUACCGUACUUCGUCAUAGCUGAUCUUGAUAUGACUAAACGCGUUGAAUUUAUUCAUGAACAUAUCAAUGGUCGAUUUCAUUGGUCAUCGUCCGGAAUGUCAAUUCCGCUAUGUUUGCCAUUCCACUUGGACAAACCGAAAGAUUCGAAUUGUAUACGUUACAUUGGGAUCUUAGAUAAACAAAAUCUUCGAAUUAGCUAUGAGAAAUAUGAUGCGAAUCGUUUAGUAGAAAAAUACGAUCCAUCUAAAAUAUUAGAUGAUGCGAAAUAUAUUUCCAAUGAUGCUGUUGAUUACGUGUUAAAACAUUUGAAUCAAUUUGAGAUUCAAGCGAAUGUUGUUGAUACAAUGGAUCUUUUACGUGCAAUGACAUUUACAAUAACAUGUCAUUUGUUUCUUGAUUUACCUGUUGGAUCAAUUCCAAUUGAGAAAACAAAACAUUAUGUUAAUUCGAUUGUUCAAUAUUUUAAAGCCUGGGAAUAUUUUCUAUUGAAACCGAUGGAAUUCUAUAAACAUCAUUUAACGGCAAAACAUGAACAGUCAGUGAAAGACUUGAAUGAAGUGGUCAAAGAAAUCAUUUCGCAAAGAGAUCCAAGUCAAAAUUGUUUAUUUAUCAAUUCAUUAUUUCACGCUCUCGAGGAAAAUCAAAUCACAAAACAGGAGAUGAAUCAAUGUGUUCUGGAAAUGCUUAUCGCUGGAACGGAUACAUCAUCGGUUACUAUGUUUUACUUUCUUCUCGCACUUUCGGAUCGAGAAGAUUUAGAGAAGAAUUUAUUAAAAGAACUAAAACAAGACUCUCAUACAAUUCUCAUCAAUGGUCUAAAAGAAUCUAUGCGAUUUAAACCCGUUGGUCCUGUUAUUAUGAGAUGUGCGAUCCAAGACGAUAUUUAUAACGACAUUCCCAUUGAAAAAGGUACAAAUAUCAUCAUUAAUCUGGUUGAUAUGCACCGAAAAUCGAAAGACUUUUCAAAGCCGGAUGAAUUUGAUUUAAUCAAUGUUGAAGAUAAAGAUUUGUCGAAUACAAACUCGGAAAAGAAUGUUUUCCUUCCAUUCGGGAUUGGACCAAAAGAAUGCGUUGGUAGAUGGUUGGCGAAAGUUGAAAUGGAAGUUAUCAUCGCAAAAUUGAUCUUGAACUAUUCAUUUAAACGCGCUAAUGGAACAAAAACUUUAGAAGAACUACAAACACGCUGGGAUAUUGCACAACAACCAACAGAUCCUGGAUACAUGCUUUUACUAAAAUCAAUGUCUCCAAUUCAUGUGAUUAUAUCAGGGGCAUCAUCGGUUGGUAAAUCCACAUUAGUCGACGAGUGUAUACAACGUUUCAGUCAAGAUAAAAAGUUGAAAUAUAAGAAAUUUCAGCGUAUUCAAGAAGUUGCACGUACUGUUCUUAAUCGAUUGAAACUGACUGGGAAAGAUUUGCAACACUAUAUUCAAACAAAGAAUUCGAAUGCAUUUUGCAGAACACAGGAACAGAUUAUUAAGGAACAAGUAUCUUACUUUGAUAAACACAAAGAAUCUAAUUACUUAUCGGAUCGAUCUGGUUUCGAUGCCUUAGCAUAUGUUAAUCUCUAUCUUAACGAUAAGCAAAGUGCACAAAGAAUUUUCGACGCCCCAACGUUUCAACACUUGAUUGAUCAAUGUCGACUUGGUUUGAUAUUUAUCGUACAACCACAAGAAGAACUACAAGCACAAAAUGAUGGAAUGAGAAUCGUACCGAGCUAUCGAGAACAAGUUGAGUAUACUCAAGUUUUAGAAUAUUGGUACCAGCAAGCGCAGUUACCGUACUUCGUCAUAGCUGAUCUUGAUAUGACCAAGCGUGUUGAAUUUAUUCAUGAACAUAUCAAUGGUCGAUUUCAUUGGUCAUCGUCCGGAAUGUCAAUCCCGCUAUGUUUGCCAUUCCACUUGGACAAACCGAAAGAUUCGAGUUGUAUACGUUACAUUGGGAUCUUAGAUAAACAAAAUCUUCGAAUUAGCUAUGAGAAAUAUGAUGCGAAUCGUUUAGUAGAAAAAUACGAUCCAUCGUGUUCAAAAAAUAAAUUUCUCUCUNUUAUUCAUGAACAUAUCAAUGGUCGAUUUCAUUGGUCAUCGUCCGGAAUGUCAAUCCCGCUAUGUUUGCCAUUCCACUUGGACAAACCGAAAGAUUCGAGUUGUAUACGUUACAUUGGGAUCUUAGAUAAACAAAAUCUUCGAAUUAGCUAUGAGAAAUAUGAUGCGAAUCGUUUAGUAGAAAAAUACGAUCCAUCGUGUUCAAAAAAUAAAUUUCUCUCUAUUGCUUUUGACCAAAAAUUGGAUAAUGAAUUUGUUGAGCAGGUUUUAUCCAAUGUAGUUCGAAUCAAUGAUGAAAUCUAUCAUUUUAUUGGUCAUAGCAACAGUCAACUAAAAAGUCGAUCUUGUUAUUUAUAUGCUGGACCAAUCGAUGAAAUAGAAAAAAUACUUAAUGAUAAUGGAGAUUUUCAGAAGAUCAAGAAUUUAAGCAAACGUGUUGCUCGAAUUGGACUUUUAUUUUCAAGUUGUACACCAUCAAUUCACAUCGAAUCGGAUCAUGUUGUCGAUAUCGAUGAUGUCGAAAGAAAUGGAUACACUUUCACUGAUGGUUGUGGAAUUAUUGGUCGAAAAUUAGCAAAGGAAAUCGUUCCGUAUUUAUCUGGUUUCAAAAAACCAAUGUUGACAAUAGAUGAAGAUAACUCCCACGAAGAAAAUCCGUGUCCCUGCGCAUUUCAAAUUCGUUAUCAAGGUUAUAAAGGUGUUCUGAUGAUCAAUGAUGACGAUAAUGACGAUGCCAUUCGAGUUCGUCCAUCGAUGAAGAAAUUCACCGGAACGAUAAGUACUUGUUUAUGCGUGUGCGAUGAUGGAUACUCCGGACCGAGACUUGGCUUUCUUAUCAAACAAUUCAUCAUUCUUCUGUCUGGAUUGAACAUUCCAGAUGAAAUAUUUCUCAAGAAACAAGAAGAAUCCUUCCGAGAUAUUGUUCAUAUGUGUGAUGAUAUGAAUAUCGCUUUGAAGUAUUGCCUUUAUUUCGAUCGAAUCGAUUUAGUUCAUCAUUUGUUGGCGAAUAAUAUCGAAGUUGUUCAAACACAAGUGCAAUCAAUGCAGAAAAAGGCGUUGGAAUCGGUGGAGAAAUUGAAAAUUCCCAUAACAAAAUCGCGUUUAGCCUUUGGAGUUUGUGAUCCAUACGGAAUUUUAAAGCCCGAUGAAGUUUAUUUUCGUCCGACGUUCAACGGACGACAACUGAUGCUCGAUUCGAAAAUUUGUUUCGUGGCCAAAUCUCCCAGUUAUCAUCUAGGGGACAUUCUCGUUCUAAAAUUAACCUCAUACAAACAAUUGGAACAUCUCUACGAUGUGGUCGUUUUCUCAACAAACGGCGCUCGUCCGCGUCCGAACGAAAUCGCUGGAAGUGAUUUAGAUGGCGACAAGUAUUUGAUUUGUUGGGACAACGAUCUAAUUCCGAAAAAGAUCAAUAAGCCAAUGGACUAUAGUUCAACUGCAAAAGCGCAGGAAUCAGCGUUGAUCGAAAGAAAAGAUCGCAUAGCUCAGUUCGCUAGUGCGCAGAAAAACAAUCAAUCGGGCUUAAUUGAUAAGUAUUACAAUUACUGGGCAAAUCGUUUAGGAGUGCAAUCCAUACAAUGUCGGAGAUUAGCGGAAUUGUUUUCUCAAGCGGUCGAUGCGCCGAAAACUGGACAAAAGAUUCGCGUUCCAGCCGAAUUAAAACCGCCAAGAAGCGAAGAAUCAUCGAAUACAACCACCGCAGGAAGCAACACAGCUGAAGGAGAAGAAUAUGUUUGGAUGAAAAUGUUGAAUAAUGCGAAGAAAUUUCGUGAUGAAUUUCAAACGAAAUUACUUACUGAAAAUCGAUAUACAGGUCUAUCCAAGACUACAUUAUUGAACAUCUUCUAUGAACGGCGAUGUCCAUCAUUAUUAACUUACAACAAUACUCAAUCGUUGAAUGAAUAUGAGUUGAUCGUUUCAACAAUAAAGUGGAUUAAUGAGCAGGAAGACUCCGAUGAACUUCUUCGAACUUUCAUUUAUUUGUUCGAUUUCAGUCAACUAACAAUGAAACAAAAACAAGACAUUGAACUGUCUUUGAAAAUUCCUCGAUUAUAUCUCUACUCAAUCUUGAAUAAAUCGAAAAUUCUAUCGAAUGACCUGAUCGACAAGUAUCAUUUGUCUCAAACAUCAUUAUCAUGGAGAUUAUUCUACACAUCUCCGAAAUUAUUUCAAAUGGAAUCUCAAAUUGAAUAUGAACAAACAUUUCAACCGAUGAUUUAUGUUUUAAAACAGAAUUCUUCACAUGAAAGAACGUUAAUUUGUAUUUCAAUUAAUGAUACCCUUACAUUAGUUUUGGAUAUUUACCAAAAUGCCCUUUCUCUAGUAACUGAACAAAUAAAUUCAAAUCAAUCAUCGACUUUAUGGCAAAUUCGAGCAGGACUUUGUUAUGCAUAUCUGGAAUCAAAAUUGUAUUCAAUUCGAAGAAAAUUUCUUUUCGAUAAUGAUUAUUUCAUUAAAAUAAGCGAAGAUCGUCUACAAAUUUAUCAAAACGAUCCCCGCAAUUCAUUUAUUGUUUUCAUGUAUGACACAAAUAAAGAAAAUAAGAUAAUUAGUGUGGAUUUAACUCGAUUCGAUCGAAAUAUUUUACGCGAACGUCAACAUCCGAAAGUCAAUCGGCAUGAAUUUCAUUAUUUCGAAAUCUUUGUCUUAUCAAACGAUCAACAAAUCUCGUCGAGUUAUUAUCCAAUCAUCAGUUAUUAUGACGAAGAAUAUUUUACACAGAACUAUUUCAAUCCGCGAGUUGAAAAUUACGAAUACGUUGAAUAUCUGACCGAACAAGAUAAAGACGAAGAAGAAAAAUAUAAGAAUGAACAAAAGCGAAUGGAAGAGAAACGAAAAGAAUUUCAAACAGAAUUUGAAAAGAUUUCAUUGGAAAAUGCGGAGAACUUAUUGAAAAGUUUCAUGUCAGUUCAUGACACGGAAUAUCUGUGUAAAAUAUGGAAUUAUUUAAAGGAUAAUCAUGUGGAUAUGGAAAUGAUCAAUGAGGAAAUUCUCAAUUAUUUUUUCCGAGAGAUUCACUCGAUGUUGAAUGGUUCGAUUCAUCGAUUAUCUAUCGAUGAAAGUUGGUUUCACGAUUUAAUCAUUUCCUUCAUUCAUAUUGAAAACAAAAAUGCAAAGAUUUUCAAUCAGCUCUUUCAAUCAACGAAAAAACUGAACUCAAAACUCAAAGAUAAAAGUCAACCAUCGUACAUUCCGUACUUAGGAAGAAUAUUGCAACGUUUGUUCAAAGAGAAUUUUCACGACAUCGAUCAUUUUUACUCGAUCAACAACGAAUUCAUCUACCAUUUAUACUUAUCCAUAUUAUUAGGAAACAAUUACAACACAGAUGACGUGUCCUUAAAUUAUCUUUCAGAAAUUUCUUCUCUAACAAAUAUUCAAUUAACAUUGAAACAACUGAUUGAUUUAAUUCGUUCGUGUCUAAUGACGAAGGACUCGGACAUUUGUUUGAAAUUUCUCGACAGUCUAUUAAAUCUUUCCAUGUCGAACCAAGAGCAACAUUCACCUGCGAUAAUCGACUAUAUAAAACAGUUUUUAUCGAUGAUUGUUCGAACAACGGUUUACGAUCUCGACGAAAUCGAUAGAAGAAUUCGAUUAAAACCAGAGAUUUUGAUUCGAAAUGGCGAAACNAUUCGUUCGUGUCUAAUGACGAAGGACUCGGACAUUUGUUUGAAAUUUCUCGACAGUCUAUUAAAUCUUUCCAUGUCGAACCAAGAGCAACAUUCACCUGCGAUAAUCGACUAUAUAAAACAGUUUUUAUCGAUGAUUGUUCGAACAACGGUUUACGAUCUCGACGAAAUCGAUAGAAGAAUUCGAUUAAAACCAGAGAUUUUGAUUCGAAAUGGCGAAACGAUUCUCAAUUUACGAGCAAAAUUCAUAAAGAAGAAAAACGAUGAAGAGGACACACAGACGAACAAUGACGACGAAAGUAACGUUGAAGAAAAUAACGAGGCGAUAUUUCAAUUCGAAGAAUAUCAUUAUGAAAAAAUUCCUUCGCAUCAUUUCAAUAUCGGUGAUUCAAUUGCAUUGAUCGAUCAAGAAGAGUUGAAUGAUUAUCUCGGCAAACAGAAUCGAACUGAUGAAAAACCACCAUUACGUUUAUUUUAUCAAUCAUUUGGAAUUAUUUUAAGUAUUCAUCCAAUUUUGCAAAUCAAAUUCCCAUAUUUUCCCAGUUCGUUAACGAAUAACAAUUAUUUAAAUCGUCAAAAACUCUUCCGUUUGGAACGCUUACCGAACUUCGUCACAUUGAAUCGAUCAAUUGACGCAUUUGAAAAACUCAUUGAUAAUCAAGAUUAUUUAAUCAUUAAACCAUUGUUGAAUUUAUCUGAUGAUCUCAACAGUGAUCAAUUGAAAAACUAUGCCGAAGAAAAGGUGAAGAAACUCGAAGAUCAGUUCCAUAAUGAUAAUGAAUACAAACAAGCAAAUUUGAACGACAGCCAACGACAGGCGAUUGAAAAUGCACUUGAAAAUCGUUUAACAUUGAUUCAAGGACCGCCAGGAACUGGAAAAACAGAAACAUCAGCAUGGAUCAUUCAUCUAUGGUUGAGAAAUUUUGCACAAGACAACCAACCGAUUUUAGUUUGUGCUGAAACACACCAAGCAGUUGAUAAUCUAACGCGACGAUUGAUUAAAUACCAGUAUCGACUAGUUCGAUAUGGAGAACCGCGAACCGUGGCUCCGGAUCUUCACGAAUAUACAAUGCCUCGGCAGAUUGAAUUGAUUCGACGUGAAAAGCAAAAAUCAAAUCCAAAUCUUCCAUCCAAAUCUUUAUUUGGUCCACCACGACCGAAAGAAAUCCGCGAAGUUUUGUCGAACUGUCAGAUUCUAUGUAUGACUUGCUCCGGUGUUGGAAUCUUAGAACCAUCGUUGAAAUUUCCAUUCAUUUUGAUUGACGAAGCAUCUCAAAUUACUGAACCAAAUAUUCUCAUUUCAUUAGUACGAAUUACCGAUCAAAUUGUUCUUGUCGGUGAUCAAAAGCAACUACCACCUAUUAUCAAAAUGACUGCAGCAAAACAAUUAUUAGAACGAUCAUUCUUCCAACGUUUGUUAGAAAAUGUUCGUAUUAGCUCGAUCAUGUUAAACACCCAAUACCGAAUGCACCCGAGAUUGAUCGAUUUUCCAUCGCGUAUGUUUUAUAAGAAUCUCCUACGAAGUGGUGUUACACCUGAAGAUAGACCGACGCCAAAAGAAAUCCAAUUUAUUGAUCCAAAGGUUCCAUUGAUGUUUGUUGAUGUUGAUCAAGGCUCUGAGACACUUCAGGGGUCAAAUAUCUAUAAUAAACGAGAAGUGGAGAUGGUUUGCCAGACAAUUCAAACACUAUUACCUUCACAGAAACCAGAUUUAUCUCCAAUGGAUAUUGGGGUGAUUACACCGUAUACAAAACAAGUCAAGGAGAUAGCUGAAAAACUAUUGAACACGACUCCGAAAGGUGUCGAAGUUCGAACAGUUGAUGGCUUUCAAGGACGGGAAAAGGAGAUCAUUCUCAUUUCAUUAGUGCGAUCAAAUGACGAGAACGAGAUUGGAUUUUUAACCAGCGAACAACGAAUGAAUGUGCUUUUAACGCGAGCAAAACGAGCAAUGAUCGUUUUCGGAAAUAGAAAAACCCUGAUGUCAAAUUCUCUUUGGAAACAAUGGAUUGAAAGUGUACCAAAUAUCAAUGCAGAUCAAUUUAUCCAAAAUUGUUUAUCAAAGCAAGUCAAUGUACAGCAACCUUCUUCAAAUCAUCAAGCACAAUAUCGAAAUUCCAAUCGACGACGGAGAUAA